CGAGAGUCAGCAACACAAACAUUCUCUUCCUCCACCUCCUCACCAUCCACCAACCGGUUUCCUGUCUACCAAUGAAGCCAGUUCAAACUUCCCUUCUGGAUUACUUCUCUAUCCUUCGUCCCAAGCUACCGACUGAAGGGACUCAGAGACUAUGUUUCUAUGAUUUUCCUGCUACAGUGCGUAGCCGCAUUCUUCAAUACACAGGCUUGAUCCGGGAUUGUCCCAUAGUGCUCAAUUCAAGUAACAAUAUAUCUUCCGAACAUCAUGGCCGGGAUAGUCUCCUUCACCUAUGGCGCGACUUUACCAGCCACGAGGAAGAUUGGUGCUAUUAUGACAUGAAGAAGUACUCACAGGAGCUGGUUGACCGACCCGAUGGGUAUGAAUGUGUAUGCGACAGAAAUGCACCCAUUCCCUUCGCGUUGUUCCUGGUAUCCCACUCCGUCAGUCGGGAAGCUUUAUCAAUGCUCUACUCCAGAAACAAAUUCAUCUUAACCGCUAGUGGUCCUGGUGGUGGUCUAUCAUGUUUUCAAAAGCUAGGCACGGAUGGUUUGUCCAUGAUCACAUCUCUGACAAUAGCGCUCACUUCAUGUUCAUGUACGCCAGGCCACAUCUGCAAUCUUCCCGAACGAGACUGUGCCUGUCACUUUACUUGCAAGCGUGGAUAUGACGAUCCCCUAUUGAAAUGCUCUCGCCGAGCAAUACGCCUGUUAGAUGAUCUUCAAACCACCUUAAGUAAACUCGCCGAGCAUGGCAAUCCUUCGCAAUUACGCCUUUCUGUCAUCUGUGACUGCGCAGAUAUCCCGACUGCCGAGUUCAUGGUGCAGCCAAUCUCUCCCGCCUUCAAGGAGAAACCACUCCGAGAAUGCGCAAUCAGGUUGGGACAAACCCCAUCAGAAGAUCUUCGCAAGAUAGCAGAGCGAGCAUCUCGCGAGGCGACAGGAAGACCGACUCGAUUUCGAUUCACCGAUUUGCCUGAAGAAUUGCAGUUCCGCAUUCUUGAGUUCACGGAGCUCGUUGCUCCCUGCGAUAUUGUAUGGUGUCCAAGAUCUGGACUGUACGGCCAAGUAGCUUGCUGUCUCUCAUGCACCGAUGCACUGGAAGCUUGCUGCUGCUCCCAGCUUCACGCUGGCUAUUCUACCACAUGUACCAACGGCAAUUGCUGGCAAUUUCCGCAUUCCAUAUUUCUCUUGAACAAGAAGAUAUACGACGAUGCUAGUCGAAUCUUCUAUCGUGAGAACCACUUCGUCCUCGUAUCUGGCCGCCAAAGAGAUGCAUUACCAGGUCCAAGGAGCUCACCUCUAACAUUCAGUCAAGCCCUACGCCCACUCCGCCCAUCACAUCGCUCGCCAUAUUCUCGCUCGAUACAUUCCCAAGAUCCACCCGUAUCACUCUUCCAUUUCCUAUUCGCACUCCCCCAACAUGCCCUCAAACAGCUACGCUCCAUCCACUGGAUCCUCGACGACGCCGAACCGCUGCUCAUCGAGGGCAACCACUUCCCAAGACAAGAGUUCGGCAAUGCAAUCUCUUUAAUGGCACACGUCCUCGACCUCCCCAACCUCUCCCUCACCAUCGACAUGAGCCGUCCUUUAUGCCAGGACGACUCUCGCGACGUGGAGCCAGACUCGACGCUCCGCGCGUACCGCUACAUCAGCACGGCUCUGAAGCCGCUACGAACCGCUGGUUUGAAGUCCCUGUUCAUCCACAUCACGUACCCGUUCGACUGGAUCGACUGUGCAAACUUCGCCAACGAAUCCCGCUUCGAGAUUGAGAGGGAGCUGGAGAGAGCAGCCAUGGGAGAGGAGUACGACGGCGAUAGUCUCGGCACGGACGUGAGGGUUAUUAGGUCAAGGCCGCAUGAAUUGCUGUGGGAGCGGCAUGCGUGGUGGGCGUGGCAUUGCUGUAGGACGCGUGUGGACUUGGGGGAUUGUAGGGAGAUUAAUGAUAAUAGACCGGUGCUCUCGGUCGUGCCGGAUGAUGGGUGGUAUGUGUGGCCGAGGAUUACGCAGCCUCCGAUUUGGGCGGCGAUGGCGGGGGAUGGAUAGGUAAAGAUGUGGAUGUGGAUGUGGAUGUUUACUUAGUUUGACAAGGGACUCAGGGGUUG